AUGUCCCAUACUCUUUCACGCCUUGGCCAACAUCUCACUCACCUGACUUCCACCUCGUCCAGACCUGCGUUUUACACCAAGACUGCGUCCAUUUUCACCAUGACGGCAUCAAAGGGUGGCAUCACCUCCUGGGUCUUGCCUGGCGACAAAUCAGGCGAAUUCAAGCGUCAAGUCUCUUCGUUUCGAAGCUUCAUUUCCAAAGACCCAAAUUCUGAAUUCCCUGCUGAAAAGGGUCGUUAUCAUCUCUACGUCAGCUAUGCUUGUCCAUGGGCUCACAGAACUCUCAUUGUGAGAAAACUCAAGGGUUUGGAGGAUAUCAUUUCCAUGACCAGCGUCCAUUGGCACAUGGGCGAAAAAGGCUGGCGAUUUGCAACUUCAGAUGAAAACAUCCCAGGAGAAAACACAACCCCAGAUCCACUUCACCCUGACUUCACUCAUCUUCGUAAUCUGUACUUUGCUGCCAACAAAGACUACUCUGGACGCUUCACAGUGCCCACCUUAUGGGACAAGAAGAACAACACCAUUGUUUCCAACGAAUCAUCCGAGAUCAUUCGCAUGUUUUACACCGAAUUCGACGACAUCAUCGCCCCCGAAUACCGCGACGUCGUUCUGUUCCCCAAAGACCUGCAAGCCCAGAUCGAGGAGACCAAUUCAUGGACAUAUGACGACAUCAACAACGGCGUCUACAAGUCCGGCUUUGCCACAACCCAAGAAGCAUACGAGAAGAACGUGACUCAACUGUUCAAAUCUCUCGAUCGUGUCGAAGCCCACCUUGCGUCUGGCCCUGGACCCUUUUACUUUGGUUCCAACAUCACCGAAGCUGACGUUCGACUCUUCACCACCAUUGUCCGAUUUGACCCUGUCUACGUCCAGCAUUUCAAGACCAACCUUCGGGACAUUAGGUCUGGAUAUCCUAACAUUCAUCGUUGGCUUCGCAAUCUGUACUGGAAUCAUCCCGCUUUCCAUGACACCACUCAGUUUGAACAUAUCAAAAAGCAUUAUACCAAGAGUCACAGCCAAAUCAACCCCUUUGGCAUUACUCCCUUGGGACCAGUGCCGGAUAUUCUCCCACUCGACGAGGAGGUCCCAGCAGUCAAGGCAGCGUUGAAGGCUUAG